AUGGCCUACUAUCAUUAUGGCGAGGAGUCGGACAGAAGGCCUGGUCGAAGCCGACAGGCGCACCCGAGACCCCAUGUCGAUUGGCUCGAAACCGGCGAGACGGUGCAUGAUUCGCUGCCUCGCCGAACGAGGAGAGGCCAUAUCAUACAAUAUGCAGACGAACCGCCUUCGUCCAUGCGACGGAGUCAAACCACCUGGAGCGAGAGGAGCUCGCCUGCGCAAGUCGCGACGAUGCCGCUUCGCACGAGAGCCGCCACCGUUACCACAAUGACCAUGCCUGUUGGCAGAGGCGUAGACCAUCACCGCCAUCAACCUCACCAUCACCGUGCUUCGAGACAUUACGAAGAUGAGGACGAGGAGGAUGAAGACGAUGAUGAGGACGAGGACGAGGACGAGGACGAGGACGAGGACGAGGACGAGGACAGGGACGAGUCGCCUGCGGGCAGUCGGCGCAACCUCAGACGCGGCAUGAGCCCACGCUCCGUUCGUCACUACAGGUCAACCCCAGAGUCGAGGAAAGACUCUCGGCCUUCCCAACCCGACUCUGAUGGGGAGUCUGAUACUACCGUGUCAACGGAAGACAAAAGGCACCAGGAUUUAGAGAAACAUGGCCAGCUUCAAAGACGCGCCCGGCACCCUGAGCCAGACGACCAUCUCGACCGCCGUGAAGAGGACCGGCGUUGGAGACGCCGGCGACGACGCGGUACUGUUGUCUACGAUACCCAAGACGAAGACCCGACCCCCCACCAAUCUGCAAUAGACCACAGGUCUCCCAUCCGAGAUCUGUCCAGGCACUCGUCCCGGCGUUCGUCAGAAUUGGUUGAGUCUGGUAGCUCCAUCCGACGAGGUUACCACAUUCGUAGCCAGAGUCUCCUUGAGGCCCCUACCCCGCCUCGUUCUUCUGUCAGCCGGCCACGUAGGAGACGCCAUUCUCAGGUCAUCUACACAGAGAUUGUACCACCCACAUUGCGCCGGGCGCACACAGCGUCUGAAACGCAUGUCACGUCGCACAGCACUACGUCCUCUAACCGGCGGCAUUCUGUUCUCGGCGCCUUCCUCGGGCCUGGCAUGCAGGGGCAUGGGUCGAACAGACGAGUCAAACAGAAAUUCAAGAUGUCCAUCACGGAUCCCGUGGAGAUGCCCCCGAAAUGCUGUGCUGAGCACAUUCCUCUCAAGCAUGUCGAGAGGCUGUUUCCGACCGAUUUCAAGAAGACGUGGAAUAAGAAGUUCGCCGAGUUCUCGACACGAAAUCGCGUCUACUGCCCGGCGAAACGAUGCGGAGAGUGGAUCAAGCCAGCGAAUAUUCACCGCGAGGACGGCCGCAAGUGUGGCAGAUGCAGCCGGUGCAGGCUCAAGGUGUGCUGCGCCUGCCAUGGCAAAUGGCAUGGGUCUCGGGAAUGCCCAAAGGACGAGGAGACCACAAUAUUCCUACAGCAAGCCAAGGAAGCAGGGUGGCAGCGAUGCCACAGGUGCAAGGCCAUGGUCGAGUUGAAGGAGGGAUGCAAUCACAUGACCUGUCGCUGCGGAGCCGAAUUUUGCAUGAUCUGCGGACUGAAGUGGAAGUCGUGUGACUGUCCCUGGUUCAACCACGACACGCCGGAGGACGAUAGUCUCGAGGAUAUGCAUAUUCCCAUGUCACUGGGCAGGGACAGGCUGGGGCGGGCAGACGGCAGCCCUCCUGGUCGUGGGACAAUCCACCCUGUGCCCGACCUGACGGCGCCCAUGUCGAUGAGACCGCGAGUUCCAGAUGCUUACGAGGAUCCGCCGCACGAUCCUCUCAUGAGAAGGCUCCAAGAGAGGCAGGAGAGCAAUCUCGCGCGUCGCUUGCACGUUCGUGACGACGAUGGCGGUGACAUGUCUGCGCAUCACAGGGGUGAUGAUCAUCGGAGAAGGCCGCAUCUGGUCCCCGUCCCAGUCCCGACGCCGCCAGCGGCACCUCCCGUGGGAUUCGAAAGACCGGGUGUCGCUGGAGAGUAUGUAUCGGGCGUCAACAGGGCCCGAGGAGUUCGACAGGACUCGGUGGAACGACGUCUCGCAGAUCGUCUAUCAGAGUUUCGGACGAGUCCUGGGUCGAGGCCCGGCAUGAUGAUGCCGCCGCCACCACCGAUGCCGGCCAGCGCCGGGCUGCCAAUGUCUAUGCUCGCCACGCCUGCGGCUCCGACCGCACGCAUGUCGGCCAUGGAGGAGGACAUGAUGUACAACAGUCGCAGUAGGGGAGUCUGGCCCCCAGGAUCAGACAUUGGCAUGAUGAUGUCGGGCGGCAUAGGAGGAGGCUACGCGCCACCGCCGCCAGCGCCCACGCUGCCGCCGCAAGUGCCAGAGGUACAUGGGUCGCGGGGGCGAAAGCGUGGGGGGGAGCCCAAGUCGUCGAUGAUGGCUGGGCUGACCGGUGCGGGACGAGGCAUGAACCGCGUGGACGAGUGGCGGAGCCAUGUCGAGCCGGGCGUGCCGGGAGACGACAGAUCGCUACCCUGA